AUGCCUUUCGCUACCGAUAUCCUAACCGACCCCUCCCUCCCGGUCUCUGCACGUCAGCAAGCUCUGAACCGUGUUCACGCAGACCCAGGAAUCCCAAAGAGCUCAACAACCUCGUCCUUCUGGAUCCAACCCAAACAUGAUUUCAGCCAGACCCCAUCAAAGCCUCUGCCCACCGAGACGGACACCGUUAUCGUCGGAUCAGGCAUUACCGGUGCAUCUAUUGCGCGCACAAUAUUGCAAAACCGCACCUCUCAGCCCAAAGCUGCAAAACCAUCUGUGGUUUUACUCGAAGCCCGGACGAUUUGCAGUGGAGCUACGGGACGGAAUGGAGGCCAUAUCCUGGAGACCGCAGAUGAAUAUGCAGAGCUGGCUGAUCAAUUUGGCGUUGAUGAUGCGCGCAAGUUUCUCAAGUUUAGAUUGGCGCAUUUGCAUGAGAUGCUUGCUGUUGCAAAGGAACUGGGGAUUACAGAGGAGACCCAAGCGCGCAAAGUACAGUUUUUGAGUGCUUAUUUUACCGAAGACACAUGGAAGGAAGCUUUGGAGAGAUUGCGCCGUUUCAAAGAGGGUAUGCCUGAAGAAUCUGCUGAGUGGACUUCAUAUGAGGGUGAUGCUAUUCCAAAGGAAUUCCGCCUCGCUCGCGCAAGAGGCAUCGUUGCCGGUCCCGCAGGUGCUCUCUGGCCCUACAAGUUCGUGACAGGCAUCUUUUCACGUCUCAGAGCCGACUAUCCAAACGACUUCCGCAUGCAAGAAAACACCCCGGUAACUGCCAUCCAAGAAAACACAUCCAGUUCCGCCCCACGCUACAAAGUCGAAACCAGCCGAGGCACAAUCCUCGCUCGGCACGUCAUCCACUGUACAAAUGCACACGUUGCACACCUAGUCCCCGGCCUCCGCGGACGCAUAUUCCCAGUCCGAGGCCAAAUGUCCGCCCAAACUCCCGGCGAUCAAUUCCCCUGCCAAGCUAGCGAGCACUCCUGGCUAUUCAACUAUGACCGUGGCUUCGACUAUCUGACCCAACUACCAGAGGGACAGAUGAUGCUUGGUGGCGGGUUCGCAAAGAGCGAGCAUGGCGGACUGUCCGAUCUGGGUAUCUCAACUGAUUCCGAACUAAGUCUUGAUAUUGAUAUCCAUCUCUCUGGUGUACUGAGUGCCGUCUUUGGACGAAAAGAUUGGGGUCGUGUGCAGGGUGAUCCCAUUCAGGCUAUGUGGACGGGUAAUAUGGCCUUCAGCUCUGAUGCUUUCCCUUGGGUGGGACGGUUGCCUGGUGCUGUUACACGUCGUGCAGACCAUGGUGAUGAUGGCUCCGAGUGGGUUUGUGCUGCUUUUGGUGGCGAGGGGAUGGUUCAGGCUUGGCUUUGUGGGAAGGCGCUGGCUACUAUGUUGCUUGAACAGGAUGGUGCAUUGGUUGGGGGCAGUGCUGAUAUUUCGUGGUUCCCUGAGCAGUUGCGUGUUUCGGAGGAGCGGUUUGGCGUGACUGAGUUGCCUAGGGAGGCUGUUGUGGAGCGCCAGCGGGCUAGUUUGUAG